UACAGGGCCCUGGGGGAAGUAUCCGGGUGGCCAGGAGGCAGAAGACAGGAGCCAGGAGAAGACCCAGGCCAAAGCCUUUGUGGGGGUUCCCAUGGGAAAGGCAGAGUAAACCAUUCAGGAUUGGCUAGUUUGUACAAUUCUGGCAGGCUUUGUGGCAUAGGGACUGUCCCUGGUUGUCUAGUCACUGGCCCUGGGAUGAUGUAGGUCAGGGAAAUAUUAGAUUGGUGAGUGAGAGGCAGAUAAGAAGGUAGGUUGGGGUGUGGUCCUGGAUUGGCCAGUCUGCAGGUGACAUGCACGUUCCAGGCCAGCUGUCCACCACCCCUAGGAAUUGACUUGUCUUGGGAGGAGCAGUCUCACCUGGAUCUGUAAGGCCCCUGAGAGGUGGCAGACCAUCCGAAGACAGAAAAAAUAAAAAUAUCUAACUAAUGCAGUUGGUACCUGAAGACAUCCAGCACAGUGCCUGGUUCAGAGCAAAAGAUUUCUCUUGGCUGCCGUGCUUACUGCCUCCUCAGUGCAGAUUUAUCAUGAGCACCGUCUCCUCCAGCCUGUCCUACAAGUCACUCUGUGCCCGCCCAGAUGUGAGGACGGUGGAGCUCCUGAACGUAGGAGACGAAGUGAAACUAAACAUCUUUAGACAGUAUCUCUUCAUUCCCAACAAAGACCCCCUCCGGCAGAGCAAACCCACUUUGAGGAAAAGAACAAACCUGAAUCCUUUAAAACUCACAAUCCUAGCAAAUGAGCUGAGAGAAUGUCGAAUCUACCGAGAUGAGUAUCAGUGUCUGAAGGAGUACUUGGAGGUGGCCUCCAUCCAGGAGCUCUGGGAAUUGAUUCUGAAACGCUGGAUUGAAGACUAUAGCUGGACUUUUAUACCAAAGAGGGCCAAUUCAGACACAGUGGCCUCAGGAGAAGCGCUGGAUGGCUGGGUGGCCGAUGCCCUGUGCUUACUGAGCGUCUCACAUUGCGGGCUGACUGAGGGUGAGAUAUUCCAGAUUCUGGACAUGCUGGGCUACAGGGAUCAUUACAAAGUGACCAUGUUGCACUGGGCGGCCUUCCGCAACGCCACCAGACAGUGGGUCCAGGAGAAGCCCAAUGGCCUCCUGUACUUCAGGCACCAGUCUCUGCGGAGUGCUGUGGAGCACAAGCUUCUUGAAUCAAGAUGUGAAUACGACUUUCCUGGAGGCACGGGGAAUUGUAAUCGCAAUAAUUCACUUCCAUGUGGCCUGAGCAUGGAAAGCAAGCACAUCCUACAAGGAGAAAAAAGAUCCCAAAGCACCAUGGCUGAUCAGCUGACUGACGAACAGACUGCAGAAUUCACGGAGGCUUUCUCCCUGUUUGACAAAGAUGGUGGCGCCAUCACAACAAAGGAACUUGGAACUGUCACGAGGUCACUGGGUCAGAGCCCGACAGGAGCCACAUUGCAGGAUAUGAUCAGCGAGGUGGAUGCUGAUGGUAAUGGCACCAUUGACUUCCCAGAAUUUCUGACUAUGGUGGCUAGAAAAAUGAAAGGCACAGACGGCGAAGAAGAAAUUCGUGAGGCAUUCCAAGUCUUUGACAAGGAUGGCACUGGUUACAUCCGUGCGGCAGGCUACAUCACUCAUGUCCAACUUAGGAGAAAAACAGAUGAAGAAGGAGAUGAAAUGAUCAGAGAAGCAGCAACUGAUGGAGUUGGACAAGUCAGCUAUGAAGAAUUCGUACAGAUGAUGACUACAGAAUGAAGACCUACUUUCAACUCCUUUCCCCCCUCCCCAGAAGAAUCAAAUUGCAUCUUUUACUUACCUCUUGCAAAAAAAAAAAAAAAAGGUUAAUUUACUCGUUCUGUUUCUGUAUAGCAAAACUGAUUGUCAAAAGUACCUUCUGUUCACGUGCGCAAAAUCUACAUGUAUGUGUUGGUGUUCCCGUCCCCUGAAGACCACACUACACAUCAGUUUUACGACAGAAACACUUGAGCUCCCUUGAAAUAAGGAAGCAUUAAGUGGACUCCUUGCAGUCCCUUUUGCUAGUGACGAGUACACUGGGCUGGCCAGUUUUUCAUGCAUGCGCCUUGAUGAUGGAGCACUGUCAGGCAUUUCUAUUAAAAACACAAAAUGAAAAAACAAAUUUUAAACCUAUUUAAAUGGGUUCUAGUUAAUUUGUUAGCAUAAAUUGCCAUAGCUGGUUUACUGAAAACAAACAUUUAAAAUUGGUUUACCUCAGGACGCUGUGCAGAAAAAUGGGUGGAGGAUACACUGUCUAAGUGUAGCCUCCCCUUAGCAGGACGGCCUGCUUGUACUUCCGUGUGCCCCCACCUCUGGUGACAAUGACACACGCCCUCGUGGCAUGCUGCGUGUGUCGGUUUAGCAUUGUCCGGGUUGUACUAGAGCGAAAUGGGUGUCAGGCUGUCACCAUUCACACAAAUGUUUAGAAGGAAACCUUUAUCAAGGGAGCAUCUGCGGACUGUUUCUAAAAUUUUCCGAAGCAUGACUUGGAGCCAGCAGAGUAGGCUGUGGCCGCGGACCUCAGCACAACCGUCAACACUGCUGCUCGAGAAAUUGCAGUUCACGGCCAUUCCACGUUGUAAAUGCUAAUCUUUUUUUUUCCUUCCGAUAAAAAAACCAUUAACUUAAAAAAAAUAAACAUAAUAUAGGAUGAUCCCAAUUUUAUUAAAAAAGAAUGUGGGUACAUGCAAAAGUCAGAGGAACAUACAGCAAUAUGUUAAAUCAGAUGAUCUUUGAGGCAAUGAUGAGUGGUUUUUAUUUUUCUUUGUACUUCUCUGUAUUUUUCAAUUUUUCUAUAAUGUACACAUCCUUGCUUUAUAAUGAGAAAAAUUAUUUUCUUGUCCGUUCAAACUAUAUGUUGGUGCUAAGUGAAUGAACAUGAGGGAUGUGGUCAGUGGCAGGAAGGAUUCAUGAAUGAAGUUUUCCUGAGCACAUGAGAUUGUUGAAUUGAGUAUUAAACAUAGUGAAUGCACAUUGUCCAUUCCCACGUGAGCCCUUGACAGGAAUCUGGACCCAAUAAUCCUUGUGGAAUUUGCAACUCCUCCCCGCGCCUCCCCCCAAUCAGGGGCCCAUCUCUCAGUUCUUUGUCGAGACCACCCUCGGCCUGUCUGCUCUAAGCAGCUGCUUCUAGUUCUUAGAUUCCUUUGUUGCUUGGAUUGACCCCUCAGGUUUUUUUUUUCUUUUUUUUUUAGAUUUUAUUUAUUUAUUUGAGAGAGAGUAGGAGAGCACAAACAGGGGGAGCAGCAGAGGGAGAGGGAGAAGCAGGCUCCCCGCUGAGCAGAGAGCCCCUUGUGGGGCUCAAUCCCAGGACCCCAGGAUCACGACUUGAGCCAAAGGCAGAUGUUUGAGCCACCCAGGUGCCCUGACCCCUCAGUUCUUAUGCCCACCUUAGGUCCCUUUACUUGGAUGGCCACUGUGGAUGAGAGUCUUGGACUCUCUUUGGCGCUCUUGCCCUUGGCUUUCAUUUAGUUUUUGCUCUUGGACUUGAAGCCCUAUAGCUAUGGUUCAAAGCCUCUUGGCCUCAUUGUCCCGUGCUGAGAGCUACAGCCUCAUCCGCUGUGCUUGGUGAUGAGAGCCUAGAAUGCCGCCUGACAGACAGUAGAUGCUCAGUAUUUAUUCUGUGCGCAAAGGGUGAUCCCCGGAAAAAUUGGCAGAAAGAAAGCAGGAGUGUAUUCAGUGUCUGGGUGACCUACUGGCAGGGGCAACGGAACAGAUGGAGAACACGGGUUUGUGUCAAAUACGUUAGAUGCAAUACUUUGAAAUGAAACAAUGGUCAAAUGUAGAAGUUCAGAUGCUGGAAUGUUGGGGAAAAUUCUGGAAACGAUGACUUCGUAGUACCAUGUAGAACCAUUUAAUUGGUUCUUCAAGUUCAAAAAUUUAUAUGUUUUCAUUUGUGUUGUAAUAGGGUAUAAAACACACACAUACACACGGCAUGUUCCUUAUUUGGUUCUUUUACCAUUUUGUUCCUUCUCGUAAAGCAAGUAAUUCAAGAUAGUUGCAACAGAGGGCAGAAUUGUGUAAGUAAUUUAAACACCUUCUUAUUCUUGCCUGAAAAUCACCCCCAAAUACAAAUUACAGCAAUAUGUGGACCGUGCUAUAGAAAUGCUUCUUUGACUCUGGUUUUCAGCACUUACGUAUCAAGAUUAUUUAAAAGCACUGGAGUUAUUUUUCAUGUCAUUGUUUGAAAUACUUGAUAAUGUAUGUAAGCGCUAAUAAAAGCAAAGUGCU